AUGAAACCCACACACAUAUAAUCAAGAUCAUCAAAGCAUCAAAGGAGAUUGAAGUUAUGAUAGAAGCCCAUAGAAACUCAGCGCACACCCUCUGAGAUGAUAAACGACUAGCAAGGACAGAGAGACGUGUGCCCAUGCUCAUGUGUUUCCUGAACACACAAGAAGGAUCUGAUGGGACUGUGUGCAGGACAACAGCACUAGCUCGGCGACAAGGAAAUGGGCGUAUGCUGAAGUUGACCCCAACAAACAUCCUUCAAUUUACUGGUGAGCUGAAAAGGGCGGAAAGCAGCAACAGACCUGGAUAAACACGUCCAUAUUUGCCUCUGCUGGAUUUGGAUCACAUUUGGUGCUGCUCAUCACCAUGGCGUCUCUUCUGCUGUUUGUCACACUGUUUCAUCUCAUCACACUGACGGCGCUCUUCGUCGCCACCAUGCAGAAGUCCUGGUGGGUUUGGGACGGCUCAGAACACUCGGACCUGUGGUACAACUGCAGAAUUAACAAUACAACAGAGAAAAUGUCCUGUGAAUCAUCAAACGAGACGGAGUGGCUGCAUGCUGUCCAGGUUCUGAUGAUCCUGUCUGUGGUUUUCUCCGCCGUCUCUUUCCUGAUCUUCCUGGGACAGCUCUUCACCAUAUCUAAAGGAGGACUCUUUUACCUCACCGGCGUCUGCCAGGCAUUUGCCGGGCUGAACGUCUUCACGGCUGUGCUCAUUUACACUCUGCACAAUAAAGAAAUCCUUCCGGUCUCGCGGGAGCUGAGCUCGGGACACUUCGGCUACUGCUUUUACUUGGCCUGGGUUUGUGUGCCUCUGCUCCUGUGCAGCGGAGCCAUGUACAUCCGUCUGCGCAAAAAGGAAUAGAAACGAGUCUCCUGGAAAAUUGAUACACAUUUAUUUUGUGAUUAUUUAGACUGUAUUUAACCUUAUAUAAAUAUACAAAGCUGAAAUACACCCGAAGAUCAGCCCAUUAGUUAACUCUUAAAAGGCAACCAUUUAGCUGAUUAGAUCUAUUUUAAUAAUAAAUUCGUUUCAUAUUGAAUGGAUACUUUAUAUAACAUUAUAGUGGUGCCAAUAUGCAAAAGUUUUAAGAUGUCUUUUGUAAAAAAAAAAAAUAAAAAAAAUAAUAAUAAAUCAAUUAGGUCAUUAAUGUCUGAUUUCAGUUUCAUUACUGUGUGAAAAUAUUCCUCACAAAUACGGUGUCAGACGGUGGACUCCACAGACCCUGAAAGUGCACAACAAACUCAUGACUCGGUUUCUGAACUAACAGCUUCCAUCAUGCCGUCUUAGCAUGAUCUUACACAAACACAGCCUUCAAAAACAAACCACUUCCACAGGGAUUGGUGUAGGACAUCAGCAGCUGGCCGUGACAUGCUCUCAAACGCUCCAAAAAAUAAAAAGUGCUCUCUAAUGCCAGACAAAAGGGUUUAAUAUCAGGUUCACCACAGCUCACAAUCACACAAUAUCUCCAGAAUUAUAGUAGGCUUCUGCAUAGAACACAAGAAGGCCACUGAUAUGUUCACCAGCAGCAGAGUCCCAAAUUGAAGUUGGCUCUUAAUAAACCAAUUCAUAAUUUCAUUCUUUAAUAACAGGAAAAAUAUAAUAAUGACAACAAUAAAAAAAAAUCAGUAUAGAGUGACGACCUAAAUAACAAAAUAAAGCCUCAGAUGUCAUAAAAAAUAGAUAGUUUUGUUUAAAAAAAAAAAA